UUUAAACUGUGAAUAUAUUUACAAUGAAGUUCUUUAAAUAUAUUGUGUGAAUUUGUUUUGCUGAAAAUGUGUCGAAAAAACAUAAAUGUGUACAAACCUAAAGGGGUACUAGAAUAGGCGCCAAAUUGAUGUCGUUAAUGAUUUUCUAACUUCCUUCCAUACCGAGGUUAAUGUAACAACUUGGAUUAGGUGAAUUACAAAAAUGUUUUACGCACAUUUUGUGCUGGCCAAAAAGGGCCCUUUGGCCAAGAUUUGGCUGGCGGCACACUGGGACAAGAAGUUAACUAAGGCUCAUGUUUUUGAAACUAACAUUGAGAAGUCUGUCGAUGGAAUCCUUAAACCAAAGGUCAAAAUGGCCUUACGGACUUCAGGCCAUCUGUUGCUUGGGGUUGUCAGAAUAUAUUCUAGAAAAGCAAAGUAUUUGCUUCAAGAUUGUAAUGAGGCUUUUGUCAAGAUCAAGAUGGCCUUCAGGCCUGGUAUGGUGGAUUUGCCAGAGGAGCACCGGGAAGCAGCCAUGAAUGCAAUUACAUUGCCCGAGGUCUUCCAUGACUUUGAUACCGCCAUGCCAGAGCUUAAUGAAGUGGACAUUGAGGCCCAGUUCUCAUUGAACCAGUCCAGAGCUGAAGAGAUCACAAUGAGGGAAGACUAUGGUUCUUUGAAUCUUGUCACACAUGAUGAUGGCUUUGGUGAUAUGGGAUUUGAUACUGACAAUCCUGAUAUAAUGAGAGAAGCUAUAGGCAAUGGAGGUGGUUUGGAACAGAGCAACUUGUUGUUUGCGGACGGGUCGUCGCUGGAGUUGGGCGGGAAAGAAGCGGGGCCGAGUGCGCCCCGCGACGAACCCCGUCUCGAGCCUGCGCCUGCGCACAUGGACGACGGCUUUGGUGGCAACAUCGCCGAUGUUCCCGACUUUGGACAUGCGGGAGGUUUGUUCGAAGGGGAUCUGUUUGGCGACGUGACCGCGGGCAGCUCUAGCACGGGCGCCGCCGCCGGUAUACCCGGCACCUCUGCACAGCCACAGUCGUUGCAGGCAGAGAUAGAGGCGGCGGGUGAGGGAGGUGCGGGCGAGGGUGAGCCGGGCGCCGUCGACGCCCAUGACUCUGAUGAUGACAUGGCUGACCACUACGACGCCGGCAAUUCGCCCCAUCACAGUUGGGGCGGAUCACCACCUCAUGAUCCCGGGACUCCACGGCACAUGGACACUGAUGAAGCAGACCUCAUGCCUCCGCCUGCCGCACCCAGACCACCAUCAGUCAGGCCUAUGGAUUUGGACGGUCCAGAAGCAGCUGUUGAUGAGCCAGAGAAAGCGGCGACACCUGCGCCAGCGCUGGAUACCACUACGCUACUCAAUAACGAUGAGGAAUCGUUUGCUUUGGCCCCAGUCGAUGCUACAGUGCUUAAAGGUAUAACGAAAACUAAACGGAAAAGGAAGCUGAUCGUGGACGAAGUUAAGAACAUAUCAGGCGAGGAGAUGAAGAAUCAGCUCAGUAAUACAUCAGAUAUACUGACAACGUUGGAUCUAGCGCCGCCGACACGACGUCUCAUGCAUUGGAAGGAGUCGGGCGGAGUGGAAAAGUUAUUCAGUUUGCCUUCCAAGCCGAUACCCUCCAAGAUAUUGUUCAAGAGAUACGAGCGUAACAUGACGAAGCGCAGUGAGCAAGAGGAGGUGGAGGCUGCUGGCGCGCGCUCUCCAGACCCAGAACCUGUGCGUCGUGCCGGCCGCAAGCGAAGGCAUGAGGAGUUAAUACAACCACCAACGCCCGGACAGAGCUCAGAUUUGGAACCUCCGACACCGGUUCCUCAAGAGUACGAGCCUUCAGUCGUGUCGGAGCACGUGUCCGAGCCCCAGUCCCCGCAGGUCUCGAGACAAGACGACGAAGCCCCGCAGACACCUGGUGGCAUGCUGAGUUCAUUAGGUCCGCCCUUAACACCGGGACCAUUAACGCCCGGGACACUGUUACAAGGUGGCCUAACGCCUGGCGGACUGCAGCAUGGAUCUAUGACACCUGGUGGACUACAACACGGUGGCAGGACGCCAGCGGGCUUACAGCAUGGGUACAUGACGCCCGCGGGACUGCAGCAUGGCGAUGGACAACCCAUGGACCUGGGGCUUGCGGCUGGUGGCAUGACGCCCGCCGGACUACACCAUGGUGGCAUGACGCCGGGCGGCAUGACCCCAGGGUUAGGCCUAGACAGUGGAAUGACGCCGGGCGGGCUGGUGCACGGUGGUCUGACACCGGCGGGUCUUCACCACGGCGGAAUGACGCCAGGAGGUCUAGAUCAUGGUGGCAUGACACCAGCGGGUCUCCAGCAUGGUGGUAUGACCCCGGCGGGCCUGCAACACGGAGGACUGACACCCGCGGGCCUACAGCAUGGUGGCAUGACUCCCGCCGGUUUACAACAUGGCGGCAUGACGCCUGUCGGCUUGCAACACGGCGGGAUGACGCCAUCAGGUUUACAACACGGUGCGCUACUGCAGCAUAGUAUGGAGCAGCUGCCGAUGAUGCCGCAGGUGGGCGGCGAGCAGGCGGCGCUGCUGCGGCCCGCACCCGCGCCCUCCGCGCAGCCGCACCACCACGAGCCCCCGCACACCCUGCCCAUGGAGCCCUUACCGCUACACGGACUUGACGACCACACAGACUAUCAGACUGGCAUGCAGAUGACCAACUUAGGGUAUGACGACCAACAGGGACACCACAGCCCGCCACAUGACUACGAUUUACCACUCAGUGUUGAAAAUGGUGAGGAAGGAUCGCGCGAGGCUGGCGAGACGGAGGAGCAGUUCUCUGAGCGCGUACUGAACAGACGCGCGGCGCAGCUGUUCGCGGUGAUGCGGCCCCGACUUGCUGCAGGAGACGCGCUCACCUUCAUCGAUCUCGCGCCGCCCCACAACAACAGGAAACAGGUAGCUCAAAAAUUCUACAGUUUAUUAGUACUCAAGAAGCAUCAAGUGCUCAAGUUAGAUCAACGUGAGACAUACGGCCCUAUUCUCAUCUCUAAAGGCGAGCAGUUCGAAACUGAAGCGAUUUAAUUAUUUUAUAGUGUAUUUAUAAAGUUGUCGGAAACAAAAUAUCAAGUAGUUGUAAAAGAGGGUAAUUAUUAUAAGGCGGUGUGAUGCUGUGACAACAGAUUCUACUGGAGAGAGUUGAGCCAAAUAUAUUGUGUAAGAUGAGCCGAUGAGUCGACCUCAUGCAAACGUAACACGGUGGGUUUCCACUGUUAAAAAACAUUAGCAUCUUUUCAUUCUCAACAUUGACAACUAUAUUUUUAAUACUGCAGUGGAAUUAAACUGUUAUAUUCUUUUCAUCUUUUGUUUAUUUAAAAAUUAAUGUUUCAUCUUCUGAUUUGUUUUAAAAUCUUCAAAAUAUUUAAUUAACUGCAUAAUUUGAGAGUAAGAAUCAUGUUAUUUAGUUUAUGACCUACAUUUAAAUAAGCUGACUAUUGCUAUUAGCAAUUUUCCUUCCAUAACUUAAGGAUUUCUAAAAUAACAUUACAUAGUUUAGAAACCUAAUUUACGGAGUAGCUGUUAAAAUGUAAAACAGGGUAUUACUUUUUUGUAUUAAGAAAUUAAAAUUAAAAACUGUAAUUGAAAAAAAUAUAUUUUAUUAUAAGUUUGAGUUGACAAAUAUUUUUAUUUAAAUUUUAUUGCAUUUUCGACUUAAAAUUGUCAGUCAUUUUGCUCCUAUCUUGUCAGAUUAUUUUGUAAUGUUUCCAUGGUCUCGACUCAUUGGCGUAAAAACAGUUUUCACGGGGAAAAGGACGUCGGAUAGACUUGUAGAGAAUUGCCUUAUCUUGUUUUGCUUUAGGUUGUAAGUCAAAUUAUUGUAAACUAUUUACGAUUAUUCUAUGUUUUAUAGAUCUACGUGAUAUAUUUCAUAGAUUUUAUCUAUACUAACGGAUUGGACGGAACGAGACGGGUGACCUUUUGACAGUUGACUAAUUUUCGUUUUGACAUUUGUGAAUGUGACCUUUAAGUUUUAAUGACUGACUUGAAUUUGAAUGUUGUGAAAAAGUGUGUAAAAUUAUUUAUACACAUAUAUUAUCUUUUAUUUCCCUCUGAAGUUAUUCAACCAAUCCGUUAGUAUGAUAAAUGUAUGAUAUUGGUAUUGUUAAGUGUCACUUUGAAUCCAAAAUUGUUCAGUAUCGAGUUUUACUCGGACGAAAAUUAUGUUAUAAUUAUUGACUGAUACGUAUUUAUGAGAAAUGCAUAUAUUUUUGUUCUCAAGGAAGUGUAGAUCAUUAGAACAUCAGAUUAUUUGUUACAUCAUGUUUAUAGCAAACGUAUGAUCAGCGGCUGAUUGUGAGCAAGCAACUAUGAACCCUAGUGUGAAAAUAAUGCUGAAUUUUAUGUCAGAGAGUCUUGGCGUAUCAUCAUAUGAUGAUCAUCACAUGAUGAUGAUGACUACUCUUGGCGUAUAGUGUAGGGUAAAGUAGUUGUAAGCAAAAUAUAAAUAUUAAUAGAAAUAAAUAACAUGCUGUAUAACAUUUGCUCAUAGUCGGCGGCUGACAUUCAGUUUGAUUCAUAGUCCAUAUAGAUGACAUCUUUUGAAAUCUAAUAGUUUGUAAAGAUAUUUGUUGCUUUUAAAUUGUUAUCGUGCCUUUCAACUGCCACAAUAUUCAUAAAAACACAAUAAAAUCAAUACAAUCGGCAGUUGACAAGAAUCAGUACUAGUAUAUUAUACUUUUUUCAUUAUAGUAUUUUACGAAUGACGUUUUCGAUAGAUCGGUUUUAAUAAUGCGUGGUUGAAUUAAAUUAAAAAUUAAAUUGUGAAAAAAAAUUAAACUUUUGCACCUUUACAAUGUACAAAAAUUUAUAUUUAUUACUUUUAAAAUGAGUGUGUGAAAUGGUAAAAUGUUAUUUACAUGAUGCUAUAAUGAAAAGAGAUAAACUAUUUUUGAGAAUGGUUUAUUAGUAUUGUAGCAUAUUUUCGUUGAGUUGACUUAACAAUUCAUAGUCUACUUCUUUUUUACUUAAAUUACAGUGUUGCAGAUAUAUGUCUAUAGCGAAAUUUAUGUAUAUUUAAUAAAAAUAGAGAUAAGAUUACAUAAUCAUGAGAAAAUAUUUUCAUUGAAAAGAAAAUAAGUCAAAAAUAAAUAAAGAAAAAAAAUAACAAAAUCCCAUUCAGGUCGCAGCUGUGGAUUUUUUACAUUUCUUUGAGAAUUUUUUUUUGUAAUCAUUUUUGUUUUUAAAUUGUGCUUAUUCCCGCCAAAAGGAUUAUAUCGGUUUUAGGCUGUAUUCGUUUUGGUGUUUUCUAAAUCCAAAUUAUGAUAUAAAAUAAGCAAAGCAUUGAGAAUGCCAGAACCUGUUUCAUAAGCGUAGGGUUAAAAUGUAAAUCGUGAUUUAAAUGUUUACCUCUGACUACUUUGAUUUAUGAUCUGAGUAUUUUGUUUUUGCAGAGGUAUCCACUUAGACACAUAUCAGACAUAUUUGAAAUAAAUUUGUUAAGAAAAAGAGAAUUUCAUUUUAACAGGCCAGGAUACUGGUUAAUUAGGGAGAAGUACUACUUUUAAAAUUUGUAUGCAUUCACAUAAUCGAAAGGCGUUUUUGCAGCUAUUGCAUAAUGAGAAACCAACACAUAGAAAGGUUACCAUAAAAUACAUCGCUUGCUUGUUUCCAGCUGCUUCACUUACCGUGGAUUUCCAAUGUCUACAUCACGAGAUCGUCCCUUAUAUGCUUUGGUAUUACGGUUGUGGAAUUUCACCGCAAUACCGAUUAAUCAUACGCGUCACGAAGUUCAAUAAACUCAACAAGAUGUCGCUGUAGUCGAAAUAGGACGGGAGCUUUUGCAAUAUUGAUUUUAGGAACAGCGCAAGUGCCGUGUCUAAACUGCCUUCAUACAUAUAGCCAUGUCCUACAUACCCUUACGAAAUAGGUUAUGCCUCUUUUGGUGAAAUUGUUUCAAGUUGUAUGAUUUCUCUUGCAAUUUUAUAAUUCUUUUCUAAGCAAAUACGUGCUGCACUUAGAUUUUUUUCAAAGCGAUAAAAAUGAAAAUUCUUCUCCCGUUUAUUAGGAUAAAAAGAUUUCUGUGGCCCCCAGCCCAACUUUGUCCAUUUUUCUUUUCUAAUCAAUAAUUUAAAAAUUGGGAACCAUGCGUUCCCAGUCUGAUUUUGAUUACAUAACUAGAUUACGGUCAAAUAAAAAAUUAAUUGGAAAUUCUGUGAAUUUCAAACGGUAUGCUUGUUUCCCAUACUACUGCUUACUCAGUUUUCUUUAGGAAGAAUGAGAUAAAUAGUAAUAUUAUCGUAAUACAGAUGUUCGUCGUAACACCUCGAAUAUUGGUCUCAGAAAGGCUUUCUUUCUACUUAAAGUACUAUAUAUGUUACAUCAAAUGCAACUUUAUUUAAGCUAUCCAACAUUACCAGUGUUUAAGUUUUUCCAAUUUUUAGUUUUAAUUUUUUUUUUGGUCAUCAAAUUUGAUUAUGAAAAAAUUGCAUAAUAUUGUUAUGGUUCUGAUUUUUGGGAAAAAGCAUCUGUUUAAGAAAAAAUGCUCAAAAACGUUUAGUUUGUAUCAUUUAAUCGCCCUAAAAAUGUACAAUACAGAUGCCGACAUUCCCAAACAGUAACAAGUGAAGUUGAUGACGAUACACACGCAAUACACGCUUUACUGGCUUAAUAUAUCAUCACCAGACCUUCAACAAUUAUACUGAGAGAUUAUCCAUAACAUGAUUUUACAAAACAACUCUACAAUAAUCAGGUAUAGGAAUAAUUGUAGUAUUCAUUGAAUGUUUAAAAACAAUGUUUUAUUAGCAGAUUUUAUACUACAUAAUUAAAUAAAUUGCAUUCCUGAUGUUGCACUGGUGAGUGAAACAUAAUUACACAGUCCUUACACCACUAUGAGGGUGAGGUUUCCACACAAUUGAUUCCACGGCCGUCCACUCCAGAUAGUAAACACUGAAACCUCGUUAUGUCGGAUGGCAGUAGUAGUGUUCUUAAAAGUAAUUGGCUUAGAAA